AUGCUGUUCAAAGGUAACAGUAGUCGCCUACAGUUGCUCAUCGAAAAGAUACAGUCCAACAACAAGGACAACAACGACGAACAAGACAUAGAAGAAGCACUGAGUGGCGCGGGCGAGGCGAGCACCGAAGAGGCAGCUUCGUCGUGGAGCUCGGCCGUGUCGGAGGACCACACGUCGCCGGACAGCUGCGCCACGAGCAACAGCCGGCCCGGUUCCACGGUCGACCACCGACGCGAUCGCCACAGCCGUCCGCCGUCGUACGCCACUGCAGGCGCCGCUGCCGCUGCUGCCGUCGCCGCUGUUACAGCCGCAGCGAACGCCACUGACGCCAACCCGUACGCAUGCCAGUACUGCGACAAGACGUUUCCCCGGGGAAGCUACCUGAAAAAACACGAACAGACUCAUGGAGAAUCAAUGCCGUUCAAGUGUCAAUUCUGCCGGAGGCUGUUCAAACACAAGCGCAGCCGAGACCGGCACGUGAAAUUACACACGGGGGACAAGAAGUACAAGUGUACUCAAUGUGACCAUGCUUUUUCAAGGAGCGAUCACUUGAAGAUCCACAUGAAAACGCACGACAAUCAAAAACCGUUCCAGUGUACGGUUUGCAACAGAGGUUACAGUACGGCGGCCGCGCUCACGUCGCACAUGCAGAACCAUCAUAAACGGGCUGCGGAACGGGCCAACUCGCCACAGAUAUCCGGCCCCUCCUACAAGUGCCUCCAGUGCACGCAGAUAUUCCGCAAACCCGACGAGCUCCAGAAUCAUACUGCGACGCAUCAUCUCGGAGAGCAACUUUCAUCCAACUCCCGGAGCUCGAAACGUUCGACACCGCCGAAAACGCCGAACCAAUACAUUUGCAUGUACUGUACCAAAGAAGUGUCCAGCAUGGACGCUCUUCAACAACACUUCCAAACCAAGCAUUCUGCGAUCGUCAACGGCAAGCUGCAAGAGGAUAUCUUUUCGGCAGUACCCCCGGCGGCCGCGUUCCCAUGGCUCAACUUUGCCGACUCGCCUGCCCUGGCCCUGCCCCCAUACUCGUGCCGGUUGUGUAUGAGCCAAUUCCCGUCCGUCACUUCGUUACAAAAGCACUUUACGACCGCCCACUAUCUGAAUUCCGUCCUCAACAACAACAUACAGAAUAACAAUAACAACAACAGCAACAGCAACAACAACAAUACCAACGGCUGCAAAAGUGGCGGUGGUGUGAUGCCGAUGUUCAACUGGCCGGCAAUGGCUGGUGCGAACGGAUACCAUCAACACCACCACCGCCACUCGACAUCAGGCGGCAGUGGUGGUUUCUUGCCCGAGGAAACCGUCCAGACGGGUCCCACAGACUUGUCGCUGUCGUCGUCCAAGCACGGUGGCGGCAAACCCCAUCACACGUCGUCGGGCAAGCACAAGUCGGCGGACGACCAGCGGAACCACGCGACCAGCAAAAAGUCCCGUUCGUCGCCCGGCCGCGAUCCACCGGUGGCCGACCAACAGCGUCCCAUAAAACAAGAAAGCGUCGGCGGCCACAACGUGUAUGACAGCAAACACCUGCAGCUGCCCCGGCCGGCCGUGGCUCGUCCGUCCUCGCAGUUAGGCGUCUCCAACCACAACAACAACAAUAACAUUAACAACAAUAACAACAACAACAUUCACGCCGACAACAACAAGAUCCAAUUGCCAUGUCCGCACUGUCAUCUGACGUUCGCGCACUUCGAAGAUUACCAGCAGCACGUCAUCGGACACUUCCUGAUGGCCGCAGCCGAAUACUCGUGUCAGGAGUGUUCCACUUCGUUCGCGACGUCCGAACACGUCCAGAAACACCUUAUGGAAACGCACGCGCAAAACUUUUACCGGUGCAUGCUGUGCAAAGAAGUGUUUCCGACCAAGUCGGCGUUGAAAGUGCACUUUAGCAUGAACCACGGCAGCGAACACCGCAUGUUCCGCUGCAACAACUGCACGGGACUGUCCCGGCCGCUGUUCCAGACGGAAAUCGAGUUCAUCGAUCAUCUGCGCAAUGCCCAUUACUCCGCGAGAUCGCCACCGCCGGUCCAAGCGAACCUGAUGUUGAGGUGUCUGGUGUGCCACGCCACGUUCAACACACAGUCCGACAUGGAACAACAUUUAGCUAGUCAUUCCAAACAGUUCCAAUGUCAAUUCUGUUCGGAAGCGUUCCACAUCGAGUUCUUGUUGGACAGGCACAUACAAACGCAUCACAGUUCGAGCAUUUUGAGUCACCUCAACCGGAACCACAGGGAAUCGCCGAAUUCCAUGUGCACGUCGCCCACCUACAUUUCCCGGACGGCGGACGGCAGUAAGCAUCCGACGGAAAACGGGACGAACGCUUGUGACAUAUGCGAGAAAAACGAUUUUCGAAACGAACUGGACCUGAUGGCCCACAAGAGGACGAUGCACCAGGUGAAACCUACGAAUCUUUCGACAAAAGUGAGCUUACAUUGCGCGUAUUGCAACGAAAACUGUAAAUCGAGAACAGAGCUGGAAAACCACAUGAAGACUCAUUCGCAACACGGCUCUAAUGUCGGAAAACACAAGUGCAACAUUUGUGACGAAAUCUAUCAGUCCGCUAUCAGCUUGGCAGAACACAAACUCACUCACUGCAAGGUGGCCACGAGUACCGUGUGCAGUCACUGCAAGAUGACAAUAGACAACGAGGAUCAGUUCCACCAACACCUCCAGAAGCACUGCAACCCGGCGAACGCGAACGGCGGUCAAGUGGCGUUCCCCACGUCGUGCAUCAUAUGCAGGCAAACGCUCGUGUCGGACAUCGAGGUGAAGGUGCACGUGCACUAUCACCUGUCCCGGCUCAAGGAACCCGCGGCCGUGUGCGGCAACUGCAACCGGUACAAGCGGUCCGCGUCGUCGCCGUGCGCCGGCUGCAACCCGGCCAGGAACAGCGCCGCGGAACGGUGUCCGGACUGCGGUGCGGCGUUCGACGCUUUCGGCGCGCUGCAGCACCACCUGACCACCGUCCACAGGAAACCGUUUCACUGUUUCAAGUGCAAGAUCGGGUUCGAAUCGCAGCAGGAGGCCACGAUCCACUUGAGCACCCACCUGGCCACGCUCAACGGUUCCGUGGACGGCAUCGAGUGCGGCCUGUGCCCGUGCGUGCUGCCCACGGCCAACAGCCUCCAGACCCACCUGAUCGAGCACACGUUCGCCGGCUGCAAGGCGUUCACGUGCUACCUGUGCUCGGCCAUAUUCACCGCACCCACCGGACUCCAGGCGCACAUGACCGUCGACCAUUCGGCCGAAACGCCGCCGUACGAUUGUCCCAGGCCCGGGUGCCAGGCCAAGUUCUUCUUCACCGCCGAGCUGGACAGGCACACGCUUGAGCACCAGGGACAGGACGUACUGGCCAACAUGAACUUCUACAAGUACCAAAACAAGCUGAUGUCCAUCUGCGAGAAGCUGUCGUUCAAGUGCGCCGAGUGCUAUCAGAGCUUCUUGACACAAGCCGACUUGCAGUGUCACGUGUACGACCACCAUCGGCAGCCGAAGGACGCACCGCCGACGGGACCGGAAACGAAAAACGUCAAACAGGAAAUGAGCGGGUGCGCGGUUAACGGCGGCGCGGACGAGACGCGGCCUUUGGACGGAUGCGAACGGGCCGAGAACCCGAUCAAAGUGGAGGACGGGGACGAGGUGAGCGUGAAAACAGAGCUUCGUGAAAGAGACGACGAGGACGAAGAGAUGAUCGACGUGGGAGAGAACAACCGCGGCGAGGUGAAGUCGGUAGCAGACGGAGAAGACGCGGACAUGCGUUGA